CAUGUGGAAGCCUUGAAUUUUGCAGAAAUGGGUUACAACAUGACCGUUAAUGAUGCGAGCCCACAGAUGGUGCAGGAUGCGAAGAUCAAAUGUGCCUCUGACCUGGCCUACAAACUCUCAUUUGUUGGUUAUUAUGAUAAAUGUGAGAAAAUAUUGACUGAAAACUUAAAGAAAACGUCAGGCUUGACUACUCCUGUUUUAUCUAAAAUGCUGAAUACAAUGGGUGUUAAUUACGAAAGGAAUGGUUCACAAUAUAAUAAAGCAAUCAAAUUUUAUAAUGCUGCACUUAGUGAAAGAUUGAAAAUUGUUACUGUAAAUCCCCAGAUAUCUGUGAUAUCGUACUCUAAUGUAGCAAAUUUAUUAUCCCGAAACUUUGGCAAACACAAGUAA